AUUUAGGAUUGUAGACUGUGACUUACUGUAAAUAUGCGACCUGUGCACAGGGCAGUGGUCUCGCCCUGCAUGCGCGCGCUCCCCGUCAGUUGUCUAGGGCACGCGAGACUGCGCGCGUGCUGCAGAUGAAACUUGAAGAAGCUGCAGAAAGUUUGGAGUUAACACUAAUGUCAUCCAGACGGGACGAGCCUGGACUCACCGUGACGAGACAUGAACACCGUGAAGAUGUUGGCGCUGCCUCUUCUCAUCACUUUACUGCACAGUCCUCUCUGUCUGUCAGUGACAGUGAGCAGCAGUAAACCCAAAGUGGAGGUCCACGAGCACACAGAUGCUGUGCUGUCCUGUGAGUUCAGGACGGAGAAAGAUCAGAACCCUCGAAUCGAGUGGAAGAAGAAAGGAAAGGCGGUGACGUUUGUCUACUUUAAUCACAAAUUUACAAGUUCUUAUGCAGAACGAGCAAUGAUGGAGGGAGCGACUCUGACGAUACACUCUGUGACUCAGAAAGACUCGGGGGAAUACCGCUGCGAGGUGACUGCCAGCGAGGACCACGUCAACCUCGGAGAGGCGACUGUGACCCUCAAUGUGCUCGUGCCUCCUCACAUCCCGUCCUGCGAGGUGCCGAGCUCUGUGUUCGUGGGCUCCGGCCUGGAGCUUCUCUGUAAGGACAAACUCAGCGUGCCUCCUGCCACCUACCGCUGGUACAAAGACAACAGGGCUCUGACGGCAUCAGUAGACACGCCAUACAGCGUCGACACAAACAAGGGCACGCUGAAGUUUAGGAGUGUGUCCAAAACAGACACAGGGAUGUACCGCUGUGAGUCCUCCAACAGCGUGGGGGCGCCCAAGAGCUGUGUGGCCCAGCAGCUGAAAGUUGUUGAAUAUCCUUUGAAUAUGACGAUUUUGAUAGCAGGUGCUGCAGGUUUUCUGGCGCUCCUCCUUUUCUGCUGCAUCUGUGUGUGCGUGUGCCGACGCCGAGGCUGCUGCAAGAAGAGCAAGAAAACAAAAAGCACCAAGUCCUACAACCCGCCUCCUCCUCCUCCUCCUCCCAUCCGCAACAUCAAACACUACAAACAAACUCAGUCCUUCAUGAUCUGAGGGGGAAACACUUCAAACCAUGCAGAAUGGAAAGUGAACACUUAUUGAUGAACACACAGGAGAGUCACUCACACGUUGCAUUGCUCUUGGAUGACUCCUCGCUCCUUUCUGGGAUGGAAAGAUCUUCAGAUAAUGACAAAAACAGGGUAAAAACGAGACUGCAAAAAAUCCUGUUGCUUCAUAAACACUGGCAUCUAUGCAUGUUUGGAAGUUUAAUAUCUACUAUUAACUCACAGUACUGUAACUUCAGGGUUUAACACUUUUAAAAAUGUUUCAUUAUCAUAUUUUUUGCGUGUCAACACCUUUAAAUAAUCGUAUUUUUCCAACUCUUUUCUAAGACUUUAUUUUCAGCACUUCAGUGAAGUCAAGCUUUAGCUCUCUUGUGCCACCUAUAGGCAAGUUACCGUUACUCAUCCACACUGAUUAUCACAAAUAAUGUAUAGAUUGUAUCCUUCUUAUUGCCUUUCAUUUAUAUUCAGAUGCAGAGAUGUUUUUUAUAUAUAAGGUUAUUUUUGUUGUGUUUUAUAUAUUUCUAAGAGAACAUGUUUGUGUGUUAAUCUUUGGCUGUUUACGUUUAAAUAAUGUGAAUUUAGCUACAAAUGAACGGGUGUCUGCACACACUGAAUGGUGCUUUGGAAACUUUUAAAGCUUUGAUAGUAUUUUGAUGAGUGUAUCUGUUGUUUAAUAAAGAAAUGUGAAGAAAAAAAAUUUAGUUAAUUGGCCUUUGGUGGUACAAAGCCAGGCAGAGGAGUGGAGAAAUCAACAUCUGUUAAAAGUAUCUUUGAACAACCAGCAAAAAGAUGAAGAAUACACUGUUUGAUGUUUAGUGUGUGUCUCGGGCUCCUUAAUGAUUUAUUGAAUUUAUUGAAGAAGUAUUCAGAUCCCUUACUUAAGAAAAGGUACUAAUACCACACUGUGAAAUUACUUCACUACAAGUAAAAGUCCUGCAUUUAAAACCUACUUUACUUCAGUAAAAGGACAAACGUAUCAGCAUCAAUGUACUUAAAGUAUCAGAAGUAAAAGUACUCGUUAUGCAGAAUGACCCCAAUCAGAUUGUUAAAUAUAUUUCAAAUAUAUUAUUGGAUUAUUAUUACUAUUGAUGCAUUUAUGUAAGUAGUUUUUUACUGUUGUCAAUGCAGGGUUUUGAGUAUUUGAUAUGCGAUAUGUGGUUUAAUUUAAAA